CAAAUCAGUUUGAAUUGUGCCUUCAAGCGCUCUAGAACAAAUCAGCUGGUCUCUAAAAAACACGCAUUUAUUGUUGAUUACACCCUAUCGUAUCAUCAUCCGCGACUCUGUCUUCUUUGUUCUUUUUUUGUUUGUUUUCUUGUUUUUUAACGUUUUUUUGCAACGAUUGCAAAAGAGCUUUUCAUAGCUUUCCCCCAGCGAUAAGAAAGUAUCGGUGCCCGCACAGCUCUUAAAUUUAAUUUUAAAAAGUAGCUUAAAUUAAAAAUCAGGACAAUGUCCUCUGGAAAGAUUCUGCCACGUCGCCAGGCUGUGCCUGUCCUGUACACCAGGGGCACCCACUAUGAGGUGGGCUUCGACAUGGGUCGCACAUUCGGUUCGAUGAUUAAGAAUUUUCUGAUCUUAUCGAAGCCCCUCAACGAGACCUACUUACCUCUGUACCAGUCUCCAAAAGGCAGGCAAAUCUAUAACGAAACCCUGGGAUCGGUGAAGGACAGCUUUCCGCAAUAUAUUCGGGAACUGGAGGGCGUGGCCGAUGGUGCGGAGGUGGAAUUCCAUAAGUUAUUUCUAUUGCAUCUGGAUGAAAUUCUACCGCAAGCUUUAAAACAUCAGCCGCGUAGCAAGAACCAACCAACCGGCUGCUCCACAAUCAUUGUCAACCACAAAAACUGCCGCCUGCUGGGACACACCGAAGAUGCUCUGACAGAGACCCUUAAUCAUUACUAUUUUGUGGAUGCUCACAUCAUCAGCGACAAGCCGCAGGGCAAGUACAACGUGAAGGAAGAGCAUUUUAUGUCCCUGUGCUAUGCUGGUCACUUGCCUGGCUACACCAUGAAUCAGAAUCAUCACGGACUGGUCUUUAGCAUCAACACUAUCAGUGCAGAGCUCUUGCGAAGCGGAAAGACACCUCGUCACUUCAUUACCAGAGCCCUUUUGGCCACAAGCAAUGUGGACGAUGCCUUCAGGGUGCUAAAGGAUGCAGGCGUUGGAGCUGCAGAUGCCUGCUCCAUCAACUUUACCUUCCUGGCAGAUCCCCGACAAAUGUGUUAUAAUGUGGAGAUGGCUCCCUCGCCCGAGCGUAAAAAUGAAUCGCAUUUGAGCAUCAAGGAGAUCCCCAUUGGGGAGCAUAACUACCAUGUUAACCAAUUCGAUCGCAUCCGUCAGGACCAGGCUAAUGAUCUAAUGAUCGACUCGAGCGUCUCACGAAUGACAACCUUUGGUUGCUAUAAGCCGCCAGUGAGUGAGCAGGAUGUCCGCCACACUGGGGAUGUUUCCGGCGGGGUCUAUUGUGUCUGGCGAGACGAUGGCAGCUGCGACGAGGUCGUGAAGACCAUAGCCGUGGGCAUCUUUGAUCUCAGUGCCAGGACCAUGUCAUUAUACUCGGACAAUCCCAGCGAGACAGAGCCCCAUUGCCGCCUGCCGCUCCUCUUCAAGUAGAUUCCCUGCAUUUACUUAACUGAAGUGACUCUUAAACAAAAUUGUUUCGAAAUGGAGAUAGUAGAUACUAUAACCGGAACCAUUCCCUUUCCAGAGUGAAUGUAAAGUCAAAGGAAUAGAAACAUCUGAAUUUAAUAGCAAUUUUAGAACUUAAGCAAGGUCCCUGGUUUCGAGGUUAUUUUAUGAACAGUAUUUAUAAAGAAAUAUUAUCUCUAUAUUUCAAAUCAUAUUUUAUUAUAAUUAAGCGUUAUUUCAUUGUAUUUUCCUUACUAUUCAUGGCUAUCAGAUCAUUCCAAAGUGUUUUCGAUUUUGCCAAGUUGAAAUAAAUAUAUGAAUUACUAAUGUACUUGUGAAGUUUGAAGCUUAAGGUUUCUUGUUUUUUUUUUGUUGAGAUAAAUUAAAUUUUUUUGUUUAAUUUGGAUAUCAAGUAAAAGGUUUACUCCCAUAUUCGGUGAUCUGAU